AUGAGUUACAUGACUGGUAACCUGCAGUCGCCCCGACAGUCAAAGUUCAAGGAGGACUUCUCUCCCAAGGAGCCCAUCGUGGCAGAUGAGGAUGGGCUCUACCCCCUCAAUGGCCUCAUCGCCGGUCCACCAUAUCACUUAUUAGACACGGAUGGACCGAGGCCGCCCACCGAGGAUGCUGGAUUCAUUCGUCGGCAUAGACAUAACCUCAGUAAUAUUUCCACAAUCUCAAACGCAUCGACCGUCUCCGAUGCUUCCUCCGGAUCAGACAUUUCUUCGCCCUCGAACAUCACUUCGGAGUUCAGCCAGCGCAUCAUCAGCUGGUAUGGUCCCACGCAAGCCCGCAUGAGGAGAUGCGGCUCGCCUGCCUCAUCCAUCUACAGCGCCGACUCGGAGCCCUCUUCACCUGUAGAAGAGUCGUCUCCCUCAUGGCCGUUGCCAAACAGCACGGUGACGAGGCCGGAUGACACGGAUUUCUCCACGGACAGGCUGCUGCUGGCCACUGAGCGUCUCCUCCUACGCAUCGCGGCUCAGGAAAUUCUCAUCGUCGACUACGAGCUUGGCCAGCAGGAACAGCGAGCUGAGCUUGCCUGGGUCACCGAUGUAUCUCGCGCCACCCAGAAGCCCGCUCAGCCCCCAUGGGUCUUCCUCAUUCUAUCCCGAGCCCAAGAGCCCGUUAUUUCCCCCUCGUCGGUCUAG